CAUCGUCGAUGCUAUAAGCGGCCUUUUGAUGUUUCAACAUGGCCCCGGAAAAUAAGAAGCUUCCGCGAGUGCCUGAAACCCUCUUGAAAAAGAGAAAGAGGAAUGAAGAAUUGAGAGCAAAGUUUGCCAAGGCAAAGCUCGAAAACAAACAAAAACAGAAGGAAAAGAGGAAAAUCAUCUUCCGAAGAGCAGAAAAAUAUAUCAAAGAAUACAGAGCUAAGGAAAGAGAUGACAUUCGUAUGGCCAGACAAGCCAGGAAGAAUGGCAACUUCUAUGUCCCUGAUGAACCCAAGCUAGCUUUUGUGAUGCGAAUCAGAGGUAUCAAUGGAGUUCAUCCCAAGCCAAGGAAGGUUAUGCAGCUUUUCCGUUUGAGGCAGAUUAACAAUGGUGUUUUUGUGAGACUUAACAAGGCCACGAUUCACAUGUUGAGAAUCGCUGAACCCUUCAUUGCAUGGGGGUACCCCAACCUCAAGAGUGUGAGGGAAUUGGUGUACAAAAGGGGAUAUGGAAAAGUUGGAAAUCAGCGUAUUCCUCUCACAGACAAUGCCCUCAUUGAGAAACACCUCGGACGCUUUGGAAUCAUCUGUAUGGAAGAUUUGAUCCACGAGAUCUACACAGUUGGACCCAACUUCAAGUAUGCUGCCAACUUCUUGUGGCCAUUCAAACUGAACACACCUAAUGGUGGAUGGAGAAGGAAGUACAACCACUUCAACGACGGUGGUGACUUUGGCCUGCGUGAAGACAGCAUUAACCCUCUGUUGCGCAGAAUGGUGUAACAAGUGUUAAUACAUGUGAUAAAAUAAAGACAAGAAAAACACUAUCA